AUGAUGGACAAGGAUGCUCGGCAAACACUUCAUGGUCAACCCCCUCCAUCAGGGACAGAGCCGUCAGUGCAGCUACGGCAGGCGUUGAAGGAAAUCAGCCUUGCACGGGCCCGUGUGUCCCAUGCUGAGGAAGAGAUGCUGAGAUGCCAGGAGGCAAUGAGUCGAUUGAGGAGGAACGUGAGAGUCAUUGCAACUGUCAAGCCAAGUGAGGAGGAGCAAGACUGGCUGCGGAUUGUGAGCCCACAAGAGCUGCAGGUCAGUGGUGUGGAUCCAAUUCAAGCGCAGGCAAAUAGGCGACGACGCAUGAGCACAGGUUGCAUUCCUGAGAAUUCACUUCCAGAAAGGCGACCGCGCUACUCCGUUUCAUCGUCAAGCAAGCUGCAGUUCGAGCACAUUCUGCAACAAUCAGAUCUUGCUGGCCUGAACGAAGUGUUGAAGACAGAUGUGCAAGCCGCUGUUGCCGGGCAGGCCACCAGCUUGCUGUUGUGUGGUGCUGGCCACCAGAGCUCCAUCUACAGCUUAGCGCACCAGGUUGCGUGUGAACUUGAGCUUCAUGCCUGUGACGUGGCGGACUUCAAGGCGUCGCUGCAAAUGUUCGAGGUCUCCGGUGACCACCUUCGAGAUCUUCUGCAGGAAUCAAGCAUGCCCAGCUUCAAAGGAAGGCUGCGAUUUCGCGCUCUGGCAUCUGAGUUGGUUUGGAAGUCCCAUCAGGUUGCAUCCACACUUCGCAGUCUCAUAGGUGAGGGGUGGUCGCGCCACCUUCAGAGCCGGUUUGCUGUGUCGCAUGUGGCGGUGAUUUUCCAACUGUUCAGGUCUUGCAAACUCGCUGGGCAGAUUACGGUGGUUGGCACAGAUGCCAACGAUCGAUUAGUGCCAUGCCGUGGUUUCAAGCUCCCGCACCUGCUGCAGGAUAUCUUGGAGGAGUGCCAGGAUCGGACAACUAUGAUUCUGAGGCUUGAUGCUGCAGCGCAGGCCGAGACGCUGCGGACUUUACAGUUUGGACACCGGGUGCAGUCCUUCCUGACACAUUUGCCAGAUGCAGAUACACGCCUCGCUGAGAACGAGGAAUGUGAGGAGCUCCGUGCCGAACUGUGCAGCUUGAAAGUUCAAACGAGCCAGGUUCUGCAAGAGAUUGCUGAGAUGAAGCUGGAAGUGCAACGCAAAGAUGCAGCAAUUCUUGAGUUGGGGCGACGAUCAGAACUUACCCGGCCAUCUAGCACUUGGCGCUUGGCGCAAAUGGCUUCGCAGGCAAGGGGUGAGACAGCGAAGGCCGGCUUCUGCCGCAGCAGGUUGAAAGCAGAGAGGAAUUUACCGCGAGGUGAACCCUUGGUCACAACCACGGCCCGCAGUUUGUCGCCACAGCCCGUUUCUACGCUGAGCAUGCCCAGGAGCGGCAAGUCGAUGCUGGCAAGUGGAGGCAGAAGAAUGGUGCCAGUACUGAGGAACCAACCCGCUGUGACACGUACGACACUGGCCGUGUCAGCUUUGAAUGCUUGCAGAACCGUGGAGGUCCAGAUUCCUGGAAGCAGUAGUAAAGGUUCUCUGAGCCACGUGACGGUAAGAAACCGGCAGAAGGAGGAUGCACUUUCCCGAGCUGCCGGUUCUGUACCGCGAAAGGUGCCGCUUCGCCCGCUUCGCCAGGCCUUUGUGCAGCCUCGUUUGGUGAACCUUCUCAGUGUUCGUGAGGAGGAAGACCACACAGAGGUCCACAAGGCAGCUACCCAAGCUGAAACGCGCCCAUUGUUAGCCCCUCAUUCACGGUGCGAAAGUCUCACUGAGAAGCAGGACUUGCAGCUCAAGGAUUCAGAAGGCAGUGUCGCCAGCUCAAGUGAUGUCGAGAGUCUUCGCAGUGACAUAUUUUGCGAGAGGCUCCCGUGUCACCGUGCCAGAAUACGAAAGGAGCACCAUCUCAAGUUGGACUUGACUCUCGUAUCCGAGCGGACUUCCGGCGUGGUGCAAGAAGGACCUGUUCCCGAAACUCCGAGAGGGAGGCCUCCUGUUGCAUGGUGGCAUUCUUCAGAGGUGGCGGCACCUGCAUCAGCCCGCGGCCACGCCCCUCUUUGCGAGACACUCGGUGGCAGUCGACGUGAACCACGCAGUUUGUAUGUGCUAGAGAUGGUAACUCCCCGGACUGCCGUGUCACUCCAUGCGAGUUUGGAGGUCGUAGAGGUCGAGAGUCCGCUGCUGCUUUUGCGGCCUCCGUGCCAAGAUACUCCCAAGGGAGGAGGCAGCGGUCGACCAAGCAUUAGCAACAUCUCCAUUUCAAGCGACGAGGAUGAUAUUCGCAGUCGAUUAAACAAGGAGAUUGGCAAAUCAGAUGCAAGUGAUGACGCCAGUGCUUCCGACAAGGCUCUUCCGCAAGAAUGCUUCCCUUCCUCCCCAUGCUCUGGGUCAACAUUAGCCCGCAUGCUCACGACGAACGUGCAAACUCCAGCUCGAUCUAAUCGUUGCCAUCUGCUGAGCUGA